AUGGGUAGUGGGGCAUCAAAAAAUCCUUCAUCAGAUCCCACAAAGAACAAUCGUGUUGGUUACCGCAAUGGACGUCCAAAGGUGUUGGGAGACGAAAUAAUUGGGUGUUUCAGUACAGUUGACACCAGUGGAAAGACUAUCGUCCCACCUGGAUUGCUAUAUCGUAUUGUGGACAGAACCAAACGAGAAUGGUAUUUCUACAACGAUACAAGAGAGUACAACAUGAUUGUUACUGGUUACUUUGGCCCUUACAAUGUCAUUAAAGCGCUGGGGAAAGCAAAGAUGUGGCGAGAAAUGCCCAGUGGAUUGCUUAUCGUAGAAUUAACUAUAGCACCCCUUAAAACUGAACCUUUUCUAGAGGGUCUCGUUACCGAUGGGUUUGACUUGCGUUUUAGAGCUAUACCAAUAUAA